GAUAUCUUCCGUAAAUCACAAGUCUCCGGACGCCACGCGCUUCUCGCCCAAAACGCUCUUGUUUCGCUUGCUACCUGCAGCUUCUGCAAACAAUGCCUUCGUACAAGUUGAUUUACUUUCCACUUCGCGCAAAAGCGGAAGCCAUCAGAAUGGUUUUCGCCGCCGCUGGAGUUGAUUUCGAGGACGUACGUUAUACAAUGGACGACUGGAUUUCAAAAUACAAGAAUUCUGGAAUAAGCCCUUCCCGUCAGCUACCAGUGCUGUACGUUGAUGGUAAAGUACUUAUGGAGUCCAAAGUCAUUCUCAGUUACGUCGGCAAAGAACUCAAUCUCGCUCCAAAAGAUAAUUUUCAACUGGCGCAGGCAGACGUCUUAGCUCACAUAAUUAAUGACUUGGAAAACGUGUUAAGCGCAGCUAAUAGACACGAAGAUUCAGCGGUGAAGGAGAAAGCCUUAGAAACUGCUCGCAAAGAAGUUAUUCCAGACAAAUGCGGAUAUUUUGAGAAGUUUUUGGCGGCCAACGACAAGGAGGGAUUCUUUCUUGAAGAUAAGCUGACCUAUGCUGAUAUCGUGGUAUUCACCUUUCUGAACAGCUACUAUCUGAAAGGAAGCGCUGAAGGAGUCCCUGAGGAGUUGAAGGCAUUCCCCAAACUACACGCCUGGUACGAACUGGUCAGAACGCAACCCAAGAUUCAACAAUGGCUCAAGACUCCGCGACCAGAUCUCGGCGAGUACCCAUACCAUAUACUCAGACCCCUUGCAGUCUUUGUCCGUAUCUUCAAUAGGGCGAUGCCGAAAUAUAAGCUUUCGUACUUUCCACUUAGAGGAAGAGCCGAAGCCAUCAGAAUAACUUUCGCGGUGGCUGGAGUUGAGUUCGAUGACAUCCUAGUUAAUCCGGAAGAGUGGUUUACAAAGCUGAAACACUCUGGAUUAAGCCCCUCUGGACAGCUACCAAUCCUCGAGGUCGAUGGCACAGUCCUCACACAAUCCAAGGCUAUUUUAAGCUAUUUGGCUAAGGAAUUCAAUCUUGCUCCAGAAGGCAAUCUUCAGCAGGCUCAGGCAGAUUCUUUGGCUCACGUGGUCAACGAAUUAGAGACCACACUAACAGAGGCGUAUGGGGAGAAAGACCCGGAAAGAAAGGAAAAAGCUAUGAAGACCGCCACCGAAGAAGUGAUUCCAGAUAAAUGUGGCUACUUUGAAAAGAUCUUGUCAGCUAAUAAAAAUGGAUUCUUCAUUAGUGAAAAGUUGACUUAUGCCGAUAUCGUGGUCUUCACCUUUUUAAACAGUUAUUUCAUGAAGGGAAAAGCUGAAGGAAUUCCCGAGGGUUUGAAAAAGUUUCCCUCUUUGUCGGCUUGGUACGAACGUGUCCGAACGCAGCCGAAGAUUUUGGAGAAGUUGAAGAAUCCGACAGAUGGAUUCGUGGAUUACAUCUAUUAAGACGUUAUCUUAUCCUGUGGAUGAUUUUCCUUCAGCAUUAGACAAGGGAUAAUGUCACAAAAUUAAUUUCUAGUCAGCCAGUCUAAUAUCAUAGUUAAUAAAGUGCGACUCAAAAGAUUU